ACAAACUCCAGUGCUGCGGAUGAGUCUUCCGGGUUAGGAAUCCAGGCUUGAGGCUCCAUGGCCCCGUCCUUGGGAGAAGUCAGCUCCAGCGCCAUGAAGGGCAUCCUCAUUGCUGGUCUCAUGGCAGUGCUUCUGGUUUCUGCUGUAGAAUCCCUGGGCUGUGUGCAGUGUAAUUCAUGGGGCAAGUCCUGUGUCAGCAGCCCUGCCACUGAAUGUCCCCCACAUGCCAACACCAGCUGCAUCAGUUCCUCAGCCAACUCUUCUUUAGGGAGCGCAUCCGGAUCAUACCAGAGCAUGGCCUGCUCCGCGGAGAACUGCAGCGAGGAGGCACACGUCACAGCCUUCGCUGUCCACGUGUCUGCUGAAGAACGCUUUCACUUCGUGAGCCAGUGCUGCCGAGGAAAGCAGUGUAACGGCACCAGCGGUGCCCUGGACCCUCCACUGAAGGAUGUGUCCAGCAGCACAGAGUGCCCUGCUUGUUAUGAAUCUAACGGAAUUUCCUGCAGUGGGAAACCCUGGAAAUGUUAUGAAAAAGAACAGUGCAUCUUUCUAGUUGCAGACUUGGAGAGUGACACCGAGUCUAAGCGUCUCGUGCUGAAAGGCUGUUCCAACGUCAGUAACUCCACCUGUCAGUUCCUGUCUGGUGAAAAUAAGACUGUUGGAGGAGUCAUCUUUCGAAAGUUCGAGUGUACAGAUGCAAACAGCUUAACCCCCACGUCUACACCGGCUGCUGCCCACAAGAUGGGGUCCAAAGCUUCCCUCAACUUCCUGACACUUGUCAGCCUCCUUCUGCUGGGACUGCUGCUCUGAGGUCCCGGGGCUGACCUUCACCCAGCACCCCUGGGGUGCGGCCACCCUCUCUCCCCACCCGUCCUGUUUAACUGCCCAGUACGUGGGAGCCACACAUCUCCAGGUAAUGCUGGCAGCUGCCUUGUUACUCCAUUAUUAAAGCGCUGGUCCCGUCACUGCCCAA